AUGGGAAAUUCUUCUUCAGAUGAACCAGUUGAAGAAAAUCCUCCCAAUUUCAAUGAAGGGAGAAAUAGAAGACCACCAGUAUGGAUGGAAGAUUAUGAAACAGGAAAGGGUCUCUCUGAAGAAGAUUAUGUGGCUCAUUUUGUUAUGCUUGCAGUUGCUGAUCCAGUUCAUUUCAAAGAUGCAAGAAAGAAGAUUGGAGUGAAGUGGGUAUAUAAAACGAAGCUUAAUGAGAAUGGAGAAGUAGACAAGUAUAAGGCAAGACUUGUAGCAAAAGGAUAUUCUCAACAACAUGGGAUAGACUAUACAGAAGUAUUUGCACAUGUGGCACGGUUGGAUACGAUCCAUCUUGUAAUAGCACUUGCAGCUCAAAGACAAUGGACAAUCUACCAGCUGGACGUGAAGUCUGCCUUCCUGCAUGGGGAAUUAAAUGAGGAAGUGUUUGUUGAGCAGCCUCAGACAGCAAAGGAAGGUAUAAUUCUAAUUUUGAGUCUUUAUGUUGAUGAUCUCAUAUUUACUGGCAAUGAUGAAUCUAUGUUUGUUGAGUUUAAGAGAUCAAUGAUGCUUGAGUUUGAUAUGACUGAUCUUGGGAAGAUAAGGUAUUUUCUAGGUAUAGAAGUUAUGCAAAGAACUGAUGGAAUUUUCAUUAGCCAAAAGAAAUAUGCUUUGGAGGUGCUUGAAAAGUUUGGAAUGAAUAAAAGCAAUCCGGUUCUUAAUCCCAUUGUCCCAGGUUGCAAAUUGUUGAGAGAUGAAGAUGGAGUAAAAGUAGACAGCACCAUCUACAAACAAAUUGUGGGAAGCCUCAUGUAUUUAACUGCUACUAGACCAUACAUGAUGUUUGUGGUAAGUCUUAUUAUCAGGAAUAUGAGUAAUCCUACUGAGCUUCACAUGGAGGCAGCAAAGAGAAUUUUAAGAUAUCUAAGAGGAACAACUGAUUUUGGGGUGUUCUACAAGAAGGGAGGAAAAGGAGAGUUGAAUGUUUACACAGAUAGUGACUAUGCUGCAGACCAAAAAGACAGGAAGAGCAGCUCAGGUUACGUUUUCUUGUUUAGUUCAGAAGCUGUGUCCUGGUCAUCAAAGAAACAGCCGAUAGUAACUCUAUCUACCACUGAGGCAGAGUUCAUUACUACUGCCUCUUGUGCAUGUCAGGUAGUAUGGUUGAGAAGGAUUUUUGAGAUGCUUGGUGAGAAGCAAGAUAGGCCUACAAUUGUUCACUGUGAUAGCAGCUCAGCAAUCAAACUUGCAAAGAAUCCAGUGAUGCGUGGAUGCAGCUGCUAA